AUGGCUUGGUGGCAGGGCGGAGCCUCCCCGGGGGCUGGGUGGAGCGGAGCCAAGUGGCCAGGCGGCGGAGGAGGCCGGGUUGGGUGGCGGAAGUCGGCAGCAGGGAGGCCGGGUCAGGCGGUGGCUUGGGAGCUGGGGGCCGCAGGGAGCGGAGGCCGGGGGCUGCAAGCAGCGGCGGGCCGGUCGGGUAGCGGUUGGGGAGCUGGGGGCUGCAGGGAGCGGAGGCUGGGGGCUGCAAGUGGUGAUGGGCCGGUCGGGCAGCGGUCGAGGAGCUGGGGGCCGCAGGGAGCGGAGGCCGGGGGCUGCAAGCGGCGGCGGGCCGAUCGGGCGGCGGCCGGGGAGCUGGGGGCCGCAGGAGGCGAGUUCGUUGGAGAACGCAGGGCCGAUGGGGCCGCCAGCGGGGGCUGCAGAGGCCGAACUGACAGGUCUGACAGGCCUGUCAGUCCGGUUGGACUUUAA